AUUCCAGCCAAUUUCAAUUGCACUUAUACGAUUUCUGCCCCUUACACUUCCACAAACGGAUUAUUCGCAAAUGCUCUAGUGCAAAAUGGGUUGAAAGGAGUGAAUGAUUAUAUCCUCGUGACGGAUAUGACUGGAGCACAGACUACAAUUACCAACCGCUCAAUUUCUACGAAUGACACGUUUCAAUAUUUUGUGAUCCCUGGAUCCUCUAUCAACAUUCAAGUUGUCACAAAAAGUGUUUUUAUGAGUUCACAGUUUUUGGUUACUGUAGAAUAUCAUGACGCGAAAAUUGGGCCGACUUUUCAAAUGAAAACUGGAGGAGAUAUGAAUUUUUUGGAUGUGUCUGCUUUGAGAGAUAAUUCCAGCUUGUAUAAUGCUUUUACGUAUACAGGAACCGAACCGCUCCAAUUAACAAUUGCUAUCAACGACGACAACAUUAGCCAACGCUUCUGCUAUGUCAUUGAUGGUACUCUAGAAAAUCCAUUAUCAAUUGGUCUUCUUCGAAAUGUCGGAAAUCUAGAAUCAACUUCAAAUUCGAUUACGGUAGUCACAUUUUCCAACGACGACCUUACGUUUGUGUUCAAUACAGUUGCUGAAACUAAGCCAUUUUCAAAUCUUCUUGGUGCUCGUGCUCUUCAGAAUCCAAGACGUGAUUUCUUAUCUUCGUAUGGAUUUCUAAGACCAGAUGCUCUCCAAGUGGUGAAUUUCGAUUCCGUUGGAAUUGUGAUAGAUCAGCUGAAUGUUAUGAGUAUCUCAACUCAGUCUACAAUGCUUGUUUCCAGCAAGGAUAUUGUUUUCUCGUCGGAGAAUGUGAAGAAACUCGUGGAGCGGUGUAUUCCAAAAGAGCUCAUCCCAGCCGACUGGAAAUGCGACAAAGCAGAUGCUCGCUCAAACCUCGAGUCCCUUUUGGAAUGCUCCCGUGGCCAAUUAGGAAUGUUCCAGAACGUUACUGCUCUUUUCCAAGCACUGGUCAACUUCCUUACUGCUCCUGGAUGUGCGAAUCUGCUCCAAUUCGAUGGGAUCUAUAUGACCGUACCUUUAAUUCAUAACAGUAUCAAAGGAGUUGAAUAUAUCUACAAGAAGGAUGUCCUCGAACUUAUUUCUCUUGCUGUUCCAUGUCCAUUCGAAGGCUGGCAAGCUGAACUGGUUCGAUUGGCAGUGAAGAGUCGUCUGAAGUGUUUCGAAGCCGAAUGGAGAUCUCGAUUCAAUUCAAAUUGCGAAAUGAUCAAAGUGGACCUUAAAAUCCUACACGUUUUUGCUGCAAAUCUGUUUGAGUGUGCAAACGCAUUAUUCAAGAACACCGAAUUGUGUAUGCCCAAUCUGCCGGACUUUUCCAAUGUCGAGUCUACAGAUGGAUCAUAUGAAAUGUUGAAAUCUUUCGAUGAGAAAUACCCAAUAGCGAAGAACAAACAAUUUUAUACCCAAAUGUUUUCGUGGGUUGUGACCGUCGGAAAACUAUUCAAAAAGGUCUUGGAGGAGAGUUUUAUGUCUGCUGAUGAUUCGAAGGCAACGGUUAGACUGUUCAAAAUUGGAAAGGAUUCUUUUGUUAUGGCUCAUGAGCUGCUCCAAUCAAUGAAAAACAAGAAUAUGGAUGUAUCGGAGUUCGAAGAGGAAGUUCUUCAAAUGUCGAAUUUGGCCACUUUCAAUUUCCGAGAAGUCGCUCAAAAGGUGAAGAUUGGAGACAUGAGGAACAUUGAGUUUAUUCGACUUAACUCCAAAGUAUCCACCACUGCAAUCCCAAUCCCAGCACCAGAUGGAACUUAUUGCGUCCCUGCCACCGAUGCUCUCUACGAUCUGAUCAGCGAUAUGAUUGUGGCCAAGAAAGUGUUACAGAGAAUUGAUCGAGACACAUUUGAGCACAUCCAACAAUUCUUCAAAUCUAUGGAGCACAUCUUCCCUGUCAAUGGCGGAGACUUUUUCAUCAGUUUGGACGACGUGGAAGUUAUCAAAGCAAAGUGGGAGAAGACUUAUGAAGAUCAUUUGAAGUCGUCAGCACCUGUCAAGCAUAUUCGGAAGGUCAGAAAAGGAGGAUUCACAGAAGAUGAUUUGGAUAAAGAACUGGAUUACCUGAAUCUUUACAACAGUUUCCCGGAAAUGAAGCGAGAGGUUGAAUGGGCAUACAAGAUUGUCACCAAGGAUCGGACAUCUGCUUUGAAACUUGAAGAUAUGCACUCCGCUGUCUUUCAAUGUCAAUUGACGAUUCUUUUGAUGAAACUUCCCAACCUUUUCAAAUUUCUGCAUAGCCAAAAAAUGUGCAUGAAGUGGGCGCCGUAUUUGGGAUGUGUUUUGUGCGAGACGUCGACACGGCCGACACUGAAGAAGCUUCUGAACAAGCCUUCAACAACCAAAGAAGAGAUCAAGGAACUGAUGGAAAUGACUACCGUUUCCGCGGUACCACAGCCACCAAAAGAAGAUGACGUCAUCGUUGAAGAAAAGGACCAAGACGUCUCAUCUGAUGUUCUUCCGAAGAAGAAGCGAUCCAGAAAGACAAAGAAAUCUGAAGAACCCCAUCGAAGCACAUCGGAAUCUUCUUCCUCUCCAGAAUCCGAAAUGCCAGAAUCCUCCAAGGAAUCCCAAUCUUGUCCGAAGUGCUCUAGGGCAAGCCAUUUUGCUGAUGUGGCUAAUGAGAAGCUGAGAGUAUCCAAGGUCGAGUGUAAGCAUCUGAAGAAAGAGUUGGCAAAUGCUGAGUUAGAAGUCGAAGUUCAGAAGCAGAAAGGAAUGGACAAAGAUGAGAGAAUCAGAUAUUUGGAAGAACUCUUGAAAUCUAAAAACGAUAUCAUCGAAAGACAAAAUAUGGAUCUUCUUGUAAAGCAAGACACGAUCAUGAACCUUGAGAUGGAAGUGGAAUCUAAUUACAACAUCAAUCAAGAGAAUUCAAUCAUUAUUAAAAAUCGUGGAAAAUCUCUCGCAGAGAAGGAUAAUAGAAUAAGGUACCUGGAAGCUCAACAAGCAUCGAAAGUGAGAAUCAUGGAACCAAUUAGAAGUGACGAGGAGACGGAGAAAGUCAGAGAUGUGCUCUUUAAACUUCUCGAGAUCCAAGGAACUCUUCGAAGCGGGAACCCAGUUGGAAAAUGCAGAGAACUUGCUCAACGAAUCUGUAUGAAGGCUCAUAACAAGGAAAUCGAGGAUACCACUAGAAUUGAAGCAAUUAAAUUUUGCGAGAAGGCUAAAAUCUACAUUCAAGCAGUCAACACCCAGUUGGAGAUGAUCCGUGGAAGCCGACUAGUCAACUCAGAAGAGAUUCCAGAACUGCCAGAGUUCCCAGCCCUCUCCAAAGGAUUCCUGAAGACAUACAAAGACAUCUUCAAGUCAGAAGCUCCAAAAAUCUGUCAGUCGCUGCUGAAGGCUCCAGCAGUGAAACCAGGAGAACUUGCUGACACUGAUUGCUUGAUCUGCAUCGAGGAAAUGGAAUCGGAGGAAGGAACUAUCAAAUGCGAGUGCUGUAAACGGAGAUAUCAUACCGAGUGUGCUCAAGAAUGGUUCAAGACAAAGAGAACGUGUCCUGCAUGCAGUUCAGCCCUUCUGGAUGAUUCCGAAUUUCCAACAUUGGGUCAAAGAUGGUAA